GCAAAAAGCUGCUGGUGGGCGAGAAGGGCGGGCUGAACCCUCCUCGCCCACCAGUUGCGCGCGGGAAACGCAAACAUGCCGACCAGUUGUUGUGCGCUGAAUUGUACUAACCGGAAGGAUAAAGGCAGUAGAAAGAAGUUUUUUAGAAUCCCUGCGGAACCAGGACGAAGGGCUGCAUGGCUUAGAGCCUUAAAAAGGUCAGAUUUUGAGCAGGGAAAGAAAAACCCGACCGCGGCGUGGACACCACGAGGCCACGAGAGAGUGUGCAGCGACCAUUUCAUCUCAGAUGAAGAAAUGAUCGCUGACCCUCCUCCUGAAAGUGUAGAGACUCUGAGAGACCCCCUUCCUGAAAGUGUAGAGACUCUGAGAGAACAGCUCACAAAAGUACAAGAGGAGAAAUGUAAGUUGGAACAGUUUUGCGAGUCCCUUCAAAGUGAAGCUGACAACCUUAGGGAAGAACGUGAUCACCUUCAAGAACAAGUCACAUCUACUCCAGAGUCUCCACACUGUAACUUGUGGGUCAGUAUCUCAGGGAUAAGACUGGACUUUACAAACUGGACACAUGUAGACAACAUUACAUUUAACAGUGACUGGUCCCUUGGAACAUUUACUACAACCAUGCCUGCAUUAGUCCACACUACAAAAUCACAUGUUGAGACACCGGUAACCAGCAUAUGUGUCUGGACUUGGGUGUAAUAUCUGUGCCCUGUCUUUAGCUUACAAUCCUUAUCUAAACAGUAGUUGGCAUCUGAUAGACACAGAUCUGCAGCAGGAUAGAUGUCCCUGUACUUGUAUGGGCACUUGAUCUCAAUCACAGUUCUUCCAUGGCAUGAACACUGUCUCAUCCCAUCAGGAGAUGCACCUAUAUAUACAACAGUAAUGUUCAAAUUAGUGGCAAAGUUUCUGAUAUUUCAAACAUGAACAUAAUGUACUUACUUUUGAUACUUGCCAAAUGCUGCAAAUGGCACAUAUUCACUUGGUACGAAUACAGUGCAAUUGUUAAAACAAGUACAUGUAUUUCAUUGUUACAUCAACAAAAUCAUAAGUCAAUUAGA